AUGGCUGACUUCAUGGUCAACCUCUGGGAGGGCGUCUUUACCCCCGGAGCCACUCCUGCCCUCUUGCUGGCCACCAACAUCACAUUUGCUGCCCUUCAGCUCACCCUUGCCGGUCUCCUCGCCGCUACCUACAGCAUCCACUUUGUCAUUCUGAGCUUUUUGUGUGGUGGCCUCUGGUGGGCUAUCAACUGGUUUGCCUAUGAGUUACAGCAGGCUCAGCAAAAGGAGGCCGAGGCGGAUCGUAUCAGAAAGUCCAGGUCGGGAGGCAGAACGCCCAAGAAGUCCGGCUCAACAUCUGGAGGAGAUAUCGCCGACGACGAAGCCACAGAAGCCGAAGUCGAGACUGCCGCUGGUGUCAAGCUUAAGGUCUCGCACGCCGAGCUCGACUUCACCCCUUCGCAGGAAGACGAGCGCAUCAAAUCGCAAAUUCUCAACGACUUCAAGAGCGGCACGGCUUCUAGCACAUCAGCUGGUACGACUGCUUUACAGCCCUCGGGAGGAGAGAGCAGACAACGCAAGGGUCCCAGCGAUAUGAGUGCUUCGUCCAACGAGUUUGGUACCGACAGCGAAUGGAUCAAGGUUGACGAGGAAUGA